CGCUUCCGUGCGGAAGAAAAUGAUGCAUUUUAAGCUUCAACUGAGUCCCUAAGUGUUUUUUUUUUUUUUUUUUUUUAGCGAUAAAGCAAAUAUCUGCGAAAGUGAAAAUAGGUAAAGCACGUGUCGACUGUGGACAACAUUGAUAUAGACGCGGUGUAUUUACUGGCCGCAGGGACAGCUUUGAACCCGUGCAUGGAAGUGGAGAGGACCCGAGUCAUGGGUCCAGAGAGAGUGUUGCCGAGCUCGGAGGAGGAGCUGGGGCAGGAGCGAGUGUCGGAGCCCGCGGCUGAUGAGUGGAGCGGUGAGGACGGCGAGGAGGAGGACGGAGCCCCGGGGCAGGAAGAGGAGGACAGCGCGGGGUAUUAUUAUCAACCACUGAACCAGGAGCCUGAUGGAGGUCCCAACACACAGCUGGAUCAAACCGACGAGGCAUCACACGCCGAUCAGCUGCAGGAGGUGCAGGAGAGAAUAGAGGCCAUGGGCUUGUUCCUGCCUCAGCCACCAGCUCCAGACAGUGACGAGGAGGAGGAUCCUGAAGGAGCCGCUGCAUGCCGGAGCCAUGCGUCCAUCCCUAUGGAUCCUGAUCAUGUUGAGCUCGUGAAAAGGACCAUGGCAGCAGUGAACUUGCCGUCUCUGGGGAUCCCUGCCUGGGCUCGUGAGAUUUCAGAUGACCAGUGGAAGGACAUGGUGCAGAAGACUCUCCAGUCUCGGCAGAGCUCAGCAGGCCUCUUACUGCAACGCAAAUGAAAUUACCUAAGGCCUUUAUCACAUUCUCCUUGCAGCUCGCAUUUGCAUCACUAAUAAAGCAUCGAAAGAGCCUGUAAGAUCAUGUGACUGAGGUGACAAAGAACAAUUGUUUAUUAUAUAUUGUAUUUGUUUGAAAGGAAUGCACCCAUGAUGCACAGAAUACUCUAAAAUUUUGUGGGGUUUGAUGUAUUUCAGUAUAGUUAGUGUGGCUCCUAAACAUUCCCUCCUUAACUGCUGAAAACCAGUUUUAAUAUUUUGGUGUCUUUAACUGCAUUGUAAAAUCUAGAACAUCUUUUUCUGUUCCUUUCAGUAUCGUUCAGUUCAGUUUAUUUCCAUAUUUUAAGACAUCUCCCAGUAAUGACAAUAUUCAUAUGCUUAAGUGACUUACAAUCCUCUGCAGCUUACUGAUGCAUGUGUCCUGCACAUUCAGAAAUGUAUUUUUGUCUUUCAUUUUUAACUUUAUUUUUGUUCUGUACAUACAUGAACAUCUGUACAAAAUAUGACUUUCAUAGUAUGUAAUGCUCUGCCUAAUUAAAGUACAACAUAUGUACAUAUGA